AUGUCAAGAGUAGUAGUUAGAUUUAUUUUAAAUGGACAAUGCGUUGCAACUAAACCACUAAAUUCACAAGACAAAUUGAAAACAGCAAGAGAGAAAAUAAAAGAAAAGAUGUCUGACUCUCAACACUUUUUAACAAAAGAAGGAGAUAUAAUUGAUAAGAAUGAUGAAGAGUGUUUUACUGUAGGAGAUGUAAUUGAUGAAAAAAGAGUAAUAAAUAUUAAAGGAAUAGAAGAUAAAAAAGAAAUAAGAAUAAAGAUAAAUGAUAAGAUAAUUACUACUAUUGAAAUAGAUAUUAAAACACCAUUAAGUGAUGUUAGAAAAAUAGUUCAAAACAUUCCAGAUUCAGCAUAUUUCUAUACACUUGACAAUGAUAAAAUUGAAAGAAAUACUGAAGAAGAAUUUAUAGUAGAAGACAUAAUAAAUAAUGAUGAAAUUAUUCUUAAAGAAGAAAAAGAAAAUAUACCAGAAAUCAAUGAUAUAACAAUUGGAAUAUGUUUGAAUGGAAAACCAAAGAUAAAAAAGCAAUUCAACAAGAAUAUUUCUCUUUCAGAUCUUAGAAAAGAAAUUGAAAAUGAAAAAGAAAUUCCAAAAGACUUUUCUUUUGAAGAUCAAGAUGGAUUUAAAAUAUCAAUUAAUGAUGAACAAUCAUUAAAACUAACAUCUAUUUUGCACGAUAAUAAAAUCAAUAUAAAAACAGAAGUUACUGAUACCUCUCCUAAUAAUAUUGAAGUUAGUCUUAAAGAUGAGAAAGAAAAUACACCAGAAAUCAAUGAUAUAACAAUUGGAAUAUGUUUGAAUGGAAAACCUAUGCUUAAAAAGCAAUUCAACAAGAAUAUUUCUCUUUCAGAUGUUAGAAAAGAAAUUGAAAGACUACAACAAAUUCCGAAAAGGUUUGAUUUUGAAGAUCAAGAUGGAUUUAAAAUAUCAAGUGAUGAUGAACAAUCUUUACAAUUAACAUCUAUUUUGCAUGAUAAUAAAAUCAAUAUAACAACAUUGACAGAAGACAUAAUAAAUAAUACAUUAACUAAUGUUUCACCCAGUAAAACAACAACACAGUGCACUCCAUUAAGUAAUAAUUGUAAUCAAUGCUUCCCAAAUAAAAGUAACGAUUCUGAAACUUCAACAAGUAAUACAGAUGUGUCUGAACCAAAUGUUCCAAUUGAAGGAAGUAUAAGAUUGGAAAAUCAUGAAAAUGGAAAAUUAAAAAUAUAUUUAUAUCCAAAUCAGCCAUUUAAUCAAAAAGAUGAGAAUGAUGCAAUUGGUAUUCUAGUUGUUGGUCAAACAGGAAGUGGCAAAACUACAUUAUUGAAUAGUUUUGUAAAUGCAUUAUAUGGAAUAAAAAUAACAGAUGACUUUAGAUAUAUAAUUAUAAAUGAAGAUAAUUUAGAACAACGUAAAGAUCAAUCUAAAAGUCAAACAAGUCAAGUAACAAUUUAUAAUAUUAAAAGAACAAAAAGAACACCACCAAUCAAAAUAAUAGAUACACCAGGAUUUGGAGAUACAAGAGGAAUUGCUUAUGAUAGGGAAAUUACUAAACAAAUAAAAGAAGCAUUUGAAAAUAAAGUAUUAGAUUUAAAUGCUAUUUGUUUUGUUGCACAAUCAAGUAAUGCAAGAUUAACUCUAAGUCAACAGUAUAUAUUUGGGAAUAUUAUCAACUUAUUUGGGAAAGAUGUUAAAAAGAAUUUUAUUGCAAUGCUUACAUUUUGUGAUGGUAAAACACCACAAGUCAUAAAUGCAUUACAAUCAAAAGAAUGUGAUUUCAGUACAAUUAUUCCAGAAAUAGACUCACCAUGGUAUUUAAAAUUCAAUAAUUCAGCUAUUUAUGAUGAUAAUACAGAAGAUAAAUUUACACAAAUGUUUUGGGAAUUAGGUAUGAAGAAUUUUGAUGAUUUUAUAACAAAAUUAUUAAAACUACCAAGAAAAUCAUUAGAGAAAUCAAGAGAAGUGUUGAAGAGAAGAGAGUGUAUUAAGGCACGAAUUGAAGACUUAAAAACAACAUUAAAUAGUCAAUUGGCAAAAAUGAAUGAGAUAAAACAGAUAUAUGAACAGCUGAAUGAAAAUCGAGAAAAAGUUAAAAAUAAUGAAAACUUUACUUUAACUACACAAGUAGAAGUACAAAAAAAGGUUGACUUAAAACCAGGAGAAUAUGCAACGAAUUGUAAUAAAUGUCAUAAAACAUGCCAUUAUCCAUGUCAUGUUCCAUUUUUUAUUUCAGCAUUUACAAACAGAUUUUGUACAUGCAUUGAAAACAAACAUUGUAGAGUAUGUGGUUGUCAUCAUACAGAACAUGUAAAUGAAUCAUGUAAAUAUGAAUAUGUAAUAGAGACAAAAGAACAAAAAUUGGAAGAUGUGUAUAAAAGAUAUAGUGAAGGUAAAGAAGGUAUGGCUAGUGCAGAAAGUAUGUUAAUAAGGUUAGAAGAAGAUUAUUAUAAAAUUCAAAGUGAAUGUUAUGACCAACAACAAGAAAUUAUCGAUUGUGUUAAUACAUUAUCUGAAAUUGCAUUAAAUAAGAAAGUGACCAGUUCAAAUGAAUACUUAGACAUGUUGAUUAAAACAGAAAAUGAAGAAAAGAAACAAGGAUAUGAAGCAAGAGUUGAAGGAUAUAAAGAACUUAAAAAAACGAAUGAAAUGAUAGAAGAUAUUAUGAAAAAUUCAACAACAAAAAAGAGUAAGGAAGAAAUUAAUGCAGAAGUUAAAAGAAGAAUGAAAGAAGAAGAAAAAACAACAAGAGUUAAAACAGGGAGAAGUUGGUUAUCAGCAAAACCAAAUAACCAAAAGAAAUGA